AUGUCUCCCAUAGGAUGGCUCAAUGCACUUGUUUAUGCAGCAGCUUCAAUGAUCAUCGAUGAUGCAAAGGAGCGAAGAAGAAACGAUCCGCGAGCGAAACGAGAAAGGGAAUGGUUUGCGGAGAAGAAGAUACAAGUGCAUCGCAUAAAGGACGCAAUAGUGAGGGCUAGGGCAGAGCUGGUGAGGCAGAGAGAACGGAGACCAAGGACUGAUAAGGAUAGGCGCAAUGCACAAAUUCUUGGCACUAGCAACGCAGCGGAGCUGGAGCGCAUAGCUAUAGAAAAUGAGCAAAGACUAGAAAUAGUUGAGGAAAGAAUCCAGCUCCGAAAACAGGAAAUUAGGAGAAAAAAGCUGAGAAAAGCAUUCCAAGCUCAACCGUCGCUUAGGGUUCUUAAAAAUGGAAAAAUACCGAGGAUUGACGGGCCGGGAGCAGACGAGAUUGAGAGGUUCUGGGAGCCUAUAUUAGGACGGGCAAAAGAAUCGAAGCCGCGUGAAUGCGAGUACCUACGAGAAUGGGAGGAAACGAUGCGAUCGGAAUAUCAUGAGUUUUCCAUCAGUGAGGCGCGGGUUGAGCAGGAACUUCAGAAAGGCAUAAGACACAUGAAGCCCUGGAAGGCUCCAGGACCAGAUGGAAUCCAGGCCUUCUGGUGCAAGAGCAUUCCAGGAGUUUCCGCGCUA